AUGACCUCUACUGUUGCAAACGCUGUAGCUAUUGCCUGGACGCGAUGGCAACGCUACCACCAACUGCAUCAUAAACGAGAGGAUUUGAGUGUUGCAGAGAUGGAAGUACAGUUUGAACUGGUCGCUAUAGGUCUCGCAUUAGCCGAUGAACAGGUUCAAGAGCUUUUUAGAGAUGACGCAGAGCCAUUUUUAGCAUUAUUGACGCCAUUGCCAACUUUUGAAGACAAGUUUGAAAAUGUGAAGCAAUUUCACUUUACGUUUGUAUCAGCUGCAAUGUUAUUGGAUCAAUAUUUGCAGCUUUCUAAUGAAUUAGAAGAGAAAAAAGUUCAUGUUGUAACUGGUCCAGUGAUGUAUCAAGUACUAUUGCCUAUUCUGCAGCUUCAAUGUUUCUCUUCGCUGCAUUAUGCGGCGUUAAGAAUGUUCCAGAUGGUGGUAUCGUUUACUGCUAAGAAUGAGCAAAGCCAGGAGACGCUUACGCAGCUUUUUAAUCGAGUACAAGAGCUGCUAACUGGACAAAACGACAAGUCUACUACUUGUUAUGACUCUUUGUGCAGAGUAUUUAAGUUUUUACUGCCUCAGAAGCUGGAAAAAGUGGUGAGCAGUGCUAUGGAGAUUUGUAAACACGCCACGAAAAAGUGGCGACAGCAGCCGCAGCUUCUGCGAGCGGUAGCGCUGCAUAUUGUCCCAGAACUGGUGGAACUUGAGAGUGACAUGGCAGCAACAAAGGCGAGAUGUCUGUGUUUGCUAAACAUGGUUGUGGACGUUUGGAUGCCGUGCUCGAGUGACGAUACCUCUGUCAAUGAAUUGCUGUAUCUGGUGUGCAUCAUCAUACCGAAAGCUCCGCGUGAACUCAUUGCUAAUUCGACGCUGCAAACACUUGUGUGCUUUGCGUUAGGACACAAGGACGCUUUGUUGCGAAAGCAAGGGCUCCAUAUAUUGAAGAUAGCCUUUUCGUAUUGUGCGUUGCUGUCCGGAUCGCAAAAGCGAGGAGCACGACACGACUUGUGGCUGGAUAGGUGGCAAAACUUCCUCACAGCGUCAGAAGUGAUCCAGAUGCAUCACGAGCAACACCUAAUUGAACAGGUUUGGCCGCAGGUUGCAGUUCUGUUGUCACACUGCUUGGUCAUUCGAGAUGGCUUAAAGCAGCAGCAACAGGAUCGUGAACAGUGGCCGGUGCAGCUAACUUUUGACUGGAUGCAGAGUCUGUUUGUUCGUUUAUUUUCACAUGACAACCCUGUCGUAAAGCGUCUCUUAAUCUCGAACUUUAUGGAGACCUGCAUUGAAGCUUGGCAAAAGUGGGAUGAACACGACAGUGCUAGCACCGACGUUGAUCGCGAAGCUUCCUUUGCUUGUUCCCCUGCUUUUCAGCGUUUCGUAUUCGACUUUUUGCUUCGCGCCUGCAAUGACCCGGCGCUUUUCAAGCACACGCAUCGCGCUGGUGUCCAGGCUGUGCUGACUAGAUUUCUGGUGUCCUUCCUUGCUUUCAAGUUUGCAAACAGCGACCAGGAGCGCGUGUUAGAUGAAUUUGUUGUUGCGAUUAAAGAAGCGAUUUUUGGUGAAGACACAAACAGUCACUCGCCGGAUGCUCUAUUAAGCAUGCUGCAAAUAUUCCAAUCCCCUUGUCUGAAGCGUGCUGCCUCAUUCGCGUCUUCAAAGGAUCUGCUAAGUGAGACAGCAGUAGACCAGCUGCGAUUUUUGCUUGACGUUUAUGCGAUGCAGUCUUUUUCGCAAGCGAUGCGAACGAAGAUGCUUCGUGCACUGAGUCACGCUCUUACCGGAGGCUUCGUUAGCGCGUCGACACUUUCACUGUCGGCAUUAGCACGUGUCCAUUGUGUCUUCCCCAUCAGUAGCUUGGUAGCCGAUGCCGGAGAGGUAAUGUUGCAACUGUUAGCGUGGAUGAAAAUCCCCACUGCUGUGGGCAAACCGUCCAUCUUAUCAGCAACUCUGGCGUCUGCAAUUCAGACAUACAUAUUAUCCCAAGUGGAAGCGAACCCAGAGGGAGUUCUGCUCAGUCCAACUCAACUGGCGAGACUGCUGCUUUUUACAGCAGAAGUCACACACGGAGAUUCGAAGACUCACUAUAUAGACGAAAAACUAGGACAUCAGGGAAAUGUGAAAGUCUUGUUGCGGGCUCCACUGAGUGCAUUGCUGCCCAAAAGGUUGGAACCUGAGCUGAACAGUACCCUACUCGUGCUUCUUGCUGCCAAGUUCGAAGAGCAAGUUCAGGAACUUCUGGAUCGUUGUGCCUCAUUGCCAUCGAAAGGCUUCACGUUUUUGUUUCAACGCGAAGACUUCUAUUCCGGACAAGUCUCAUACUUUUUUGAUAUGGCCAUGAAUGUAGUCCGGCUCUGGUUGGACAAGGUGUCGCCGGAAGCUGAUGAAUCGGGAUCUGGAUACCACGAAAAGAAUGAUGCUAUAGAACUCGUGGAAUCCGCUACGUUUCUUCUGUCACAACUGAGUACACACAAAAUGAACACUACCGGCGAGCUGAACGAAAUGUCUGCACUGGAUACGCUUUGUAACGAGCUUAGUCAAAUCCUGGCAGCGGCUGCGAAUCGAAAAGUAUUUGACUUGGCAUUAGCAGCAAGGUGUUUGUCCAUCAUCGGAUCUAACGCUACUGUUGUAGACUCUCUGCGUGCAUUCGAAAGUGGACGGAUUCUCCCACUUCUACUUGCGCUUGACACGAGUCGGCGUUACAGUGGAAAGCUUGAUGCAAAAUGUGCCAUUAGCUUAGCUACCAACAAGUGGGUUCUGCUCUAUGAUGUCAUGAAAUCAUCGACGUUUGUUGACACAAAGUUCUUGCAAACUACCUACGGUGCAUGUGUUGAGGCACUCCCUACGGCGGGGAUGGAUCCUCUAGCUUUGAUUCAAAUGGUAAACGUUUUGUCGCUUACGCUCUCACAACUGGCCAGCCCGGUAUCAAACUGCAAAAAUGGCAUCGACCAAGUAAACAGUUUGCUCGAGGAGGUCUGGAUGGCUUACAUUGAUAGUAAAGCUAAACCUGACGUGCUUACCCGAGCUGUUGUUAACUGUGUGUUUCAGCCGGUGUUUCUCCUUCAUGAUGAGCUAAGAGGCACAAUGAAGCACUGGAUCGCAGAGUAUAUUCACUUCGGCACCCGACACAGACCUAAUGUGAUAUAUCACCUGGCUUGCCGCUUGUGCCAGACUUGGCGUGCACACCCAGCAUCUGCUUUAUCUUUUGCAGAUGAACUUGUCGAACUGCUACUCUACAAGGAACCAGUUAUUGACGAAAGGGAGCAGCUAACGACGGAUACUAGCCACUCGGUCCAGGGAUUCCAAGGCUCUUUUCCAACUAGCAACAGUCACGUCCAGAUGGCGAUAAUUGUAAACCAUGCCAAGGACCGAUUCGUGCGUCUGGUGGUGCUAAGUUUCCUGGGUGAUGUGGCUGUCGAGGGUAGCGCCAUUUCUACGAAAACGCAGGACCUUAUGGAUGCGGUAUUCACUCGACUCGUCAAACUCAACGUAACUCCUGAAUGGCAGAAGCAGCACAUGCUAAACAGCGAUGGGUUUGGUAAGAAAUUGCGGUCAUGGCAAGCGCUCUGUGUCGUCGGCGCUCAUGUUACGAAAUCGCAGUUGGCCACCCUUCUUCCUAUACUCAGGACUGCAUUUGCAGUGCCGCAACUGCCCAGUGUUCGGUACUACAUGGAGCUUUUCGGCAUGCGGCUGGCGACGAAGUAUUCACGCGAGAUAUGUUCAGGCAUUUUGCUUCCGAUGCUGCGUGAUCCGAAUUUGAUGCCACAGGUGGGUGCUUCGGUGCUGCUUGUGUCCGCUUAUCUCGCUAACUGCAAGCUAAAUGAAAAAAAUAAUGAUGUCGACUGUGGAGAGCUGCUGGAAACGAUGUUACCGUGGCUAAACACGUCGCAUGGGUACACGCGUGUUCUGGCCCAAUAUUUGCUGGCCACGAUCCUUCCUCGCCAUAUCCACCAGCUUCAACAGAGUUGUAGCAAUACGCCAGGCCUUCGCUUUCUGGAAGGCACCGCACGUUAUCUGAGCAACAACAAGGAGAGCAAACGAAUGCUGCGUCGACAAGCACGUAAAUUGGAGGAGUUACAUCCUGACUACGAAAGCUCGUUGCUUGGAAUGCUCUGUUCGGGAUUCAUAAGCGAGUUUGGAGAGCUCUUGCCUCGUGACGAGGCCCUUUGUUUUAGUGAGCAGCUUAAAACUGCGAUGAAUGAGCUCUACGCUCAGUACCAACUCGAGAACUUCACCCCAGCUCCAUCACGAGAAAACACCUCGUCCUCUGCGAUUGAAACUGAAAACGGAGCUCUCACAGUGCAACGUAAAGUUGAUACAACGACGCUGCUCAGCGAGCUGCCUGCUGCAAUGCAAGCUACUUUUGAUGCAGCGCGGCGGGGUGACACACUCAACGCCCGCCAACGCCCGCGACAGCCCAUUAUCGUGUGUGCAAGCUUGGUUGACAAGAUUCCAAACCUGGCAGGACUGGCAAGAACAUGCGAGAUCUUUAACGCUCAAAAGCUGAUCGUGCCCAAUCUGCGUAUGACAGAGCAGGACGUCACGUUUGCGACAGUAAGCGCCACGGCUCAUAAGUGGAUGCCACUGGAAGAAGUUCGACCGCAAGGUGAAGAUCUGCGCCAGGCGCUGCUUUGCUGGAAGAGUGAAGGGUAUACCAUCGUGGCAGUCGAACAAACAGAUUCCAGUGUAAGUCUCGCAAACUAUACGCUACCGCGCAAGAUGGUGCUUGUCUUGGGUCGAGAGAAGGAAGGGAUCCCCGUGGAUGUGCUGCAGUUCGUUGACGUAUGCGUUGAGAUCCCGCAGUUCGGUUUGGUGCGCUCACUCAAUGUGCAUGUGAGUGGAGCGCUAGUGUUGUGGGAGUAUACGCAGCAGCAACUCAUGUCUGGAGCUCUCGAAUCGACACUCUGCUAG